AAAAAAACAAGAGCUAAAGAGUGACCCCUCAAUUUCCAAGUAACACAGUUGAGUUACUGGUCCAUUUGCUUGAGUGGAUACGGCAUCUAACCUCAAAAUUAUGAAACCAAAAUCAUAAAGUUUCCAUUUUUCCUUCGAGUUUUCAACAAAUCAAACCCACUGCACCGCCGCCGCCGUCCUACGCCGGAGCUCCACCAAGCUCCAUAGAAGAAGAAGGACCAGAACCCAGCUCAAAGGCAGCUCUGUUCUGUAUUUGUCUGUUCGGUCGGGUGUCUCUUUUAUACGCUUCCCUUUCUUUCUUGUCUCUCUGGCCUACAAUCGAAUAAUUUAUUUCCCAAAAGUUCUUGAAGUGAACCACUCUUCAUCUAAUUCUUUUCCACUUUUUUUUUUUUUUUUUCAUUUUCUCAAGCUUUCGAACCUCUCUGUUUUUUGCGGUUUCAAUAUACAAGAGGAAUCUUCUUAUGCUGGCCGGCGAUGCCGACGCCGGUGAGCGCUGCGAGGCAAUGCUUAACAGAGGAGGCAGCGAGGGCUUUAGACGAUGCUGUCUCCGUCGCCCGCCGCCGCUGCCACGCUCAAACUACCUCCCUUCACGCUGUAUCUGCUUUACUGUCUUUGCCGUCCUCCGCCCUACGAGAUGCCUGCUCACGUGCCCGCAGCUGCGCGUACCCACCACGCCUUCAGUUCCGAGUACUGGACUUGUCCGUCGGCGUAUCUCUUGACCGUCUCCCUUCCUCAAAACCCACCGACGAGCCACCGGUUUCGAACUCCCUCAUGGCGGCGAUUAAACGAUCGCAAGCUAAUCAACGGCGGCACCCGGAAAGCUUCCACCUUUACCAGAUUCAUAAUCAGCAACAAACCCCCUCGAUUUUGAAGGUCGAGUUGAAAUAUUUCAUCUUGUCGAUUCUUGAUGAUCCGAUUGUGAGUAGGGUUUUUGGGGAAGCCGGAUUUCGAAGCUCCGAUAUUAAAUUAGCGAUAAUCCACCGUCCUCUCUCCGACCACCCUUCCCGAUUCUCCCGCUCCGCCCGUUUCCCUCCCAUUUUCCUCUGUAAUCUCACCGAUUCCGAUCUGGGUCACCGGAAUUUCCCCUUCCCUUUCCUUGCCGGAUAUGAAAACACCGACGGCGAUGCCAAUUCGCGCCGAAUCGCGGAGGUUCUGAUGAGAAAAACAGAGAAAAACCCGUUGUUGGUCGGCGUCUGUGCUGCCGAUGCUCUCCGGAGCUUCAUCGAUUCCGUUCAGAGAUCCAAAUCGGGAAUUCUUCCCCGGGAAAUUUCUGGGUUGAGAGUAAUUUCAAUCGAGAAGGAGAUUUCUGAGUUUCUGAAUCGAAAACGAAGCAGAGAGACAAUGGAAUUGAAGUUCGAGGAGGUUUUUGGGAUUGUCCAGCAAUGUUCAGAGCCUGGGAUUGUCGUGAAUUAUGGAGAAUUGAGCGGUUUUAUCAGACAAGAACAGGAACAAGAACAGGAAAAUGGAAUGAGCUUUGUCGUGUCUCAACUGACAGCUCUGCUGAAGCGUUACAGCGGGAGAGUAUGGCUGAUUGGAGCUGUCGGGACAUACAAAAGACACGAGAAGUUUCUGGUUCGGUUUCCCGACAUCGAAAAGGAUUGGGAUCUUCAUCUUCUUCCCAUAACUUCCAAGUCUAUGGCUGAUGCAUUUGGGACUAAAUCCAGCUUGAUGGGGUCUUUUGUUCCAUUUGGCGGAUUCUUUCCUUCACAAUCGAAUUUCUCGAGUCAGUUAUGCAGCUUGAAUCAACCGUUUGUUCGUUGUCAGCAAUGCACGGAGCAAUACGAGCAGGAAGUUGCUGCUAUAGGGAAGCCAGGAUUCGGUACCGUCGUCGGUCGUCGCUCGGAAAGUUCCUUGCAUAUGCCAUUGAUUGAACUUGAUGCAAAAAGCAAGGAGCAUGACAAGGUAAUUGGCUUACAAAAGAAGUGGAACGAUAUCUGUCGUCUUCAUCGAAGGCAGCUAUUCCCUAAACUUGGUGUUUCCGAGACGAGGAACGGGAUGUCGUUUGAGCCGAGUCGAUUUGCUUUAGAUCAUGAAAGAAGUGGUGAAGAAUCAUUGUCUAUAACUGCAAAUCCUUGCUUAGAUAGAGACUUGCAUAACAAUUUCGACACGAAUCCGAGCAGGCUGAUAUCGGAGAUUCCCGACAUUCGUACCGAUAUUAUUGAAUCGAAGUCUGUCGGUCCGAAUGGGCGUCUUCACUCUGUUACUACUGAUUUGGGUUUGGGGACAUUGUAUGCAUCUGUCAACGAGAACAAGAGAAAAGUUGCAGAACAGGAAAAUCAGAAGGUGGUUCAUCACUUAACAGGCUCGAAUCCAGCUGAGUUUAGUAGACGAUGUGUCGAUAAUCCGAGGCAAUCUCCCGGUUUCUCCGAUCUGAAUCCUGGAUAUCCGCUCGAUAUAAGAGAAUUCAAGUCACUUUGGAAUGCACUGAAUGAAAAAGUCAGCUGGCAAGGUAAAGCCACGAGUUGUAUUGUCGAAACCGUUCUUCGAUGUCGAGCUGGUUGUGGAAGGCAUCGUAGCUCGAAUUCGAGGGGAAAUAUUUGGUUAACGUUCCUCGGUCCUGACAUAAUAGGAAAGCGGAGAAUUUCCUUAGCACUUGCGGAGUUGUUGUUUGGAAGCCACGAGAACAUCAUCUCGGUUGAUUUUGGCUCACAGGACGGUGAUCGACGACGAAACUCGCUCUUCGACUGCAAAGGUUUUGAUGGUUACAACGAGCAGUUUCGGGGACAAACUGUUGUUGAUUAUGUCGCUGCAGAGUUGAGGAAGAAAUCGUCGUCGGUUGUCGUUUUAGAGAACGUAGACAAGGCCGAUAUUCGGGCUAGGAGCUUCUUGUCCGAGGCUAUUACGACCGGUAAGUUCCCGGAUUCGCACGGGAGAGAGACUACCAUCAAUAAUACAAUCUUCGUGAUGACAUUGACGAACGAAAAGUUCGAGAAAACCGCAGAUGAGCAGACAGAAUUCUCUGAGGAGAGAAUACUUGCAGCUAGAAACUGUCAACUGCAAAUACUAGUACGAGGUUGUACCAGUGAUGUCAGUAGCUGCAACGACAUGAAUGUAAGGAUUACGUCUGCCCCACGAGGAACCUCGAGCCUCUCAAUGAAAAAGAGGAAACUGGAUGACGAAUCCACCGAGCGGGAAGCAAGCUCGGAAAUGCCGAAGAAGUCGUCGUCGUCGUCGUCAUCAAUGUCCUUCCUAGACUUGAAUCUCCCUGUAGAAGAGGCGGAAGAAGAUGGUGAUUGCGAUAGCGACUCGGUAUCAGAAAGCUCAGAAGGAUGGCUCGACGAGUUCCUCGAACGAGUAGACGAAAGGGUGGUGUUCGAACCGUAUGAUUUCAAGGGGGCAGCAGAAAGAGUAGCGAAGGAGAUCGGGUUGCAGUUUAGAAGGGUGUUCGGGAGCGAGGUCGUGCUGGAGAUCGAGUACGAUGUCGUAGUCCGAAUCGUUGCGGCGAAAUGGGUAUCGGAGAAGAAGAGAGUGAUGGAGGAAUGGGUGGAGAUGGUUCUCCAUAGAAGCUUUGUUGAAGCAGAACGAAGGUACCAAAUGGGGCCUGGUUUUGUGAUGAAACUUGUGUGUAAAGAAGAACAAGCUGAUGGGAUUCUUCUUCCUUCUAUAAUUGAAUUGAAUUGAAUUGUAAUGUAAAUUAUUAUAUUCGUAGAAUCUAAGUUUUAGCUUUU